AUGGCUGAUCUUCUGGUUACGCCGUCUUUUUUGCACGUCCAAAACACGCCUUGGGUCGCAAUGAAUAAGCAAGAGAAAUACCAUCCAAGUCUUUUCGAUAAAAACCAAGAAUUUGUGACUGUUGAGAAUCAAGAGCCAGUUAUACCACAGAACACACUGUACGACAUUCCUAUCCAAACACAGCACACUCCGAUGAAGAAGCAUGUCACAAUCUUCGGGUUUUCCCAACAGAACAGGCAGAAUAUCCUGGAGCAAGUAGAAAAAACAACGAAGAUUUUCAGGAAAGAGGAAGGAAAAAAUUACAUUAACGUGUGGACCGAUGAUAUAGCCUCUCUUGACGCGCUUCUUAAGCUCAACCACAAAAUGAUAAACGGGGAGAUUGUUGGUGCAUAUAGAAAAAGCUACGGAGCUGUGGACGACGGGGACAUUUAUGUAAAGAAGAAGGGGCUAUUUAAAAAGGUUUAUGAGUAUUUCUUUGGGGAAUAA